AUGCGUUUCACCUCGCUCAUCACUCUCCUCCCUGCCCUGGCUCUGGCACAGGAGCAGGUGCCCCUCGCAGACCGCGUGCAGGGCUGGUUCAACAAGGCCAAGAACCUUGUCCCCACGGCUGUCCCAGCCGAUCCCAUCCAGAAGAUGGCCGAGAAGGUCUCCGAGAAGCGCGUCACCGAUGUGACCAUGCGGAACUGGCAGUCCCUCCUGGCCCCUGCCGAGGACGCUCAGGAUUGGUACAUCUACAUUACCGGUGGCAACAAGACCUGCUUCGGCCGCUGUGAUAUCGCCGAUAAGGCCUUCAAGGAAUCUGUUCUCCUCUUCUCCGCCGACCCCACCGCUCCCAACCUUGGCCAGGUGAACUGUGAGGAAGAGCGCGUUCUCUGCGCGACUUGGUCCGCCGGUGCUCCCUCCGUCUUCUACUUCCAGGUGCCACAGGCUCAGCCCGAGGGUCAACCGCGUCUGCCUACCCCUCUCCACGUCGUCUACAUGAACACCACCACCGUCACCCCUCAGGAGCUUUACCAGGUUCACUCUAAGAAGAAUUUCGAGAAGGUCCCCGCCUAUGAGGGCGCCUUCCACCCCACCGACGGCUUGCUCGCCCAGUACCAGCUGAACGUUGCCUUCGGCUACGCCAUCUGGGCCAUCGGCGCCAUCCCCAGCUGGACAAUGAUGAUUGCCAUUAGUUUCUUCAGCCGUACCGUCAUGGGCCGCCGCAUGAACAACGUUGGCCAGCCUCGUCGUCCUGCUCCUGCUGGAAGUGCGAACUAG